AUGGCUUCUGCGAAGAGACAAGAAGACAACAACGGAGUGGCCCAAACUUCUUCCGCCGUCUAUCAUUCUGCUAUUCCAACUAUGGACGAUAGUACUGAUGAUGGAGAUAAUUAUGAACAGAGCUUUGACCCUGAAGAGGAUGGUAUUGAAGACAACCCGGCCCCAUCUUCAUCCAAGAAAGUCACCUUUGACAUCAGUGCAAAUGUAACCCGUAAAUUCAAAAAUCCAGUUAUAUUUCAGCGGCGCUACAUCCCCGACUUGGAUAGUCUGCCAAAGACAGGAGUUUGGGCUUCUGUUUCUCCAAGCAGACAUACUGAAUUUCAUCAGAUCGUUGUUCGUACAACAAAGUGCGAUUAUUGCGGCGAAAAGGUUAACGUCCAACCUGGAGAAGAGAGUAAAGUCAUGCAGAGAUGUAAUAACUGCAACACACAGUUCUGUCAGAAAUGUGUGCGUAAAGUGGCCAAAGAUAAGCUACACUUUCCAGUCAGCGCUGACUUGGUAUGGGAUGCCCAAACUAAGGUUAACGCUAAAACUCGGCCUGAUAAUAACUUCAAGGAGAACAUGUACACCAGAAAAAAGCCGGAGCCAAAUCCAACCAGACCCUUGACGGCCUCCGAGAGGCUGCAAGGCAUGCGAAACAUUGCACCUGGAACAUUCAACAUCACUGUUGUCAAUACCCCAGCCUCUUCACGUCCAUCGCACGCCCGACCAACUAAGGCUACCAAGAAGCCCAAGAAUUCUAAGAAGUCCCCGAAUACUGCUCAUACCACAGAAGGAGGGGUCGACCCGCACGACAAGAAAUAUGCGGAGUGGGUUUCGACGCUUUCUCCUGCAGAGCAGCGUAAGGAGAAGAAGGAAGCUGAUAUGCGAAAUCUUCUCAGAAAGCGCACUCUUGAAAUUAUAGAGGAACCGGUCUCAUACAAUGCUGAGUCACCCGCAUCAGAAUAUCAAGUCCGGACUCCUUUGCCAGCUGCUGCUAAGCGUCAUAAGAUUGCACCCCGUUCAACUACUACUCCAGCCGCUACUCGACGACAACUCAGUGGUAUUCCCGAGUCCACCAAAAAUCAGUAUGAGUCUAGCUCAGAUGAGCAAGCCAUCGUUGCCGCUACUGGCGCUUCGGGCAGUAUUAUAACCAGCGAGCCUCUACGAAACAUCCUGGAUGGACUCGCUAAUGGCUUUAGUGAUGACGAACAACUUCCCCAAGGUAUGAAUGAGAUAUCUGAUCACAGCGAAGAACAUAUUGCCAAUCCAACCCAUGGUGAAUACAAUCACCAAGAAUAUAUUCCGAUCCAAAACGAUGUAUCCGAGGAGGGAAACUCCGAGGAUGGACAUUACGAAGAAGAGUAA